AGUAAAAUCGCCAAAAUAAUUCAUCCACAAGUGAUUUCGGAUAUAAACUACGCAACGGCGACCACAAUGCCUUAUAACGGCGCUAGUAAUGGUAGUGGCGGAGGUGGAGGCGGCGGUAUCGUUACUGACGGGCCGCAAAAUAAGAAAAUACGCACUGGGGUACAGCAACCAGGUGAAAGUGAUCCCCAUAUGCAUGCCAGGGUGGUUCAGCAACAAAGUCAACAGCAGGCUCUGUUGGUUAAGACUAAUGAUGAUUUGCGUAGAAAGCGCCCAGAGAGUACACGCCCAAAUCAUAUCUUGCUUUUCACCAUUAUAAAUCCAUUUUAUCCCAUCACAGUUUACAUUCAGCGUCGCCAUUGGUCGACAGCCACAUCACCUAAAUGGUUCGGAAAGUGA